AUGACUGUUCAAGUUAUAGAGAAAGUCUCUGCUAGCCCAGAUGCAAUAAAGCCGAGUCCCAAAUCUACUGGGGUACAGAUAGACCCUCUUCUGGUAACUUGGAACGGCGACGACGACCUCGAACAUCCUUAUAAUUGGUCCCUUGCACGCAAAUGGGCAAUUACUAUUCUUCUUUCUAAUGGCGGCUUAGUAACCCUCAUGUCUGGCGCGAUGUUGGCCCCAGCUCUUAAGAGCAUCGCAGCAGACCUCAAGACUGACGAGGAAGAAACUCAAAUAUUCCUCUCCAUCUUUGUCCUAGCCUUCGCAUUUGGUCCUAUGGUGUUAUCGCCUCUUGCCGAGGUCUUUGGACGCCGACCCGUGUGGAUGCUAUCGAGCUGCUUCUACAUCCUGUGGAACACGGUCGCUGGCUUCAGUCAGACGCCGGGUCUCCUCAUUGCGAGUCGCAUCCUUUCGGGCAUCGGGGCUAGCGCAGAGUUUGCUAUCAGCAAUCCCGUUUUGUCGGACACUUGGAUACCUGAGCAACGUGGAACUUCAUUUUCUAUUUCGACAUUUUUACCCCUCUUGGGACCAGCACUGGGUCCUAUCAUAGGAGGUGCGGUCUCGCAAUCAAUUGGAUGGAGAUGGACUUUCUGGAUUCUCUCUAUCUACGACGGCCUUCUCGUGGUUAUAGCCUUUUUCGUGUUUCCGGAAACAUACGAAGUGAUCUUGCUCAACAGAAGAGCUGAUAAGUUACGGAAACGCACUGGCAAACCUUACUAUACUGCGACACAAGCCGCAUCCGACACGCUAAAAAGUAGACUAUCUAUCUCGCUGACUCGGCCGUUCCGACUACUCGUAACCCAGCCUAUUCUCCAGGUCGUCGCAAUAUUCCUAGCCUAUAACUUCGGUAUACUCUAUCUCGUCUUGUCAACAUUUGCAACCUUAUGGAUCGAGCGAUACGGACAAAGCGAAAUCCAGAGCGGGCUUAACUAUAUUGCUCUCGUUAUAGGCUAUACCAUUGCCGCGCAAGUCGGAAGUAGAAUGAUGGAUCGGCUGUGGGCGUAUCUCAAAGCCAAGGCUGGCAACAACACGGCGCCGGAGUAUCGCGUUCCGCUGAUGGUCCCCGGGGCCGUUCUCAUCCCGCUCGGAUUGGUGAUUUACGGAUGGACGGCGGAAAAGCACUUACAUUGGAUAGUCCCCGACGCUGGUAUCGCCAUCCUCGGUUGCGGUAUUAUAAAUAACACGCAGUCGCUGCAGGCGUAUGUUAUGGACGCGUAUCGUCAGUAUGUCGCGUCCGCCGCGGCGGCUUCGCAGUUUUUACGUAGUAUUGCGGGUUUUGCUUUUCCUAUCUUCGCGCCGGCGAUGUAUCAGAACCUCGGGUACGGGUGGGGUAAUAAUGUUCUUGCGCUCACGUUCGUCGUUAUCGGAUGGCCUGCCCCUUUUCUCUUGUGGACGUAUGGGGCCAAGCUAAGGGCGAUGGGAAAGACGCAGAAAUAA